UCAACCGGCAAAAUCUUCUUAGACUUUUUAUUUGAACCAACAAAAACUGCGAGAAAAUGGGUAUGUAAAGGGAAGCGAUCUUCAGAUAAAAUGCUAUGCUUGAUAACUGACUCAUUGCUGAAUCUUUGCUCCAUAUUCUCAUGGAUAACCAGCAAGUAUAUUGGUUUCUGCUUGUUAGCAGUGUUUUGUUCUUGUUCUCUGUAUUGCAAUGGACAAAAAACACAAAGAGGCUUCGUCUUCCACCUGGACCACCUGGUUGGCCUGUUGUAGGAAACCUCUUUCUGCUGGGCAAAAAGCCACACGAGUCACUAUUUGCCCUGUCUAGGCAAUACGGCCUCUUGAUGACAGUUUCUCUUGGCAUGAAAACAACAGUAGUAGUCUCCUCUGCUGCCAUGGCAAAGGAGGUGCUCAAAACCCACGACCACAACUUUGCUGGGCGGACUCUCAUACAGGCAGUAAAGGUGCUCUCUUACCACAAGUCCUCACUAAUAUGGAGCCAAUAUGGAACCUACUGGAGGAAACUCAGACGUAUUUCAACUCUAGGGUUUUUCUCUGCGAAGAAACUCCAAGCUUCUCAAAUUGUCAGAAGAGAUUCGGUAUUCCAAAUGGUUCGAUUGAUCUUCGAGGAAAACAGUGUGAAGAGAAAGAGUGUACCCAUUGGGGAUACAAUGUACAGCAUGAUUCUGAAUAUCAUAGGUAAUCUGAUGUUCAGCACAGAGCUAACCAAUCGCAAUAAUCCUGAUACUGUAGAGUUCACCGACGCUCUUAUAUCAUGGGUAAAGCUUUGCGAAAAACCCAAUUUGGCCGAUUUUUUCCCCUGGCUUGGGUUUCUGGAUCUACAUGGCGUGGGCCGUCAAAUAGGAUUCCAUUUAAAGCGAGCCCAUAAGUUUUUAGAUCUGUGCAUAAGCAAUCGAGUGGCAAGGAGAAGCGCAGAAUUGAGUGAUGGAAAAGAGGAAGAGAAGGAUUUUCUAGACGCCUUGCUAGAGCUGAGAGAUCAAAGAGAGAAUGAUCUCUCUCUUACGGAAAUCAGAUCAAUAAUUUUUGAGCUUUUGAUGGCUGGUAGUGACACUGCUGCUGGAUCACUAGAAUGGGCAAUGGCGGAACUCAUUCGCAACCCACACACAAUGAAAAAGGCCCAAGCAGAACUGGAAGAAGUUGUGGGUCGAGAGAGAAGAGUGGAAGAAUCUGAUUUAGAGCAUCUGCCUUAUCUCCGUGCAGUGGUGAAAGAAGUGUUUAGAUUGCACCCAGUUGCGCCUCUUCUGCUCCCUCACAGAGCGGACAGCUCUUGUGAAAUAAUGGGAUUUGUGAUCCCCAAAGACACGCAGAUUUGGGUGAACGUGUGGGCAAUAGGAAGGGAUCCUGCAGUGUGGAAGGAGGCCUCUAAGUUUAUGCCAGAGAGAUUUCUGGAGGGUGAAAAAAGUAAGAUCGACUUUAAAGGCCAGGAUUUUGAGCUCAUACCAUUUGGAGCAGGAAGAAGAAUAUGCGUGGGGCUUCCUCUGGCUGAUAAAAUGGUUCAUUUGAUUUUGGCUUCGCUGAUCCAUUCCUUCGAUUGGAAUCUUCCUGAUGGAAUAAGUGUGGAGGAAAUGGACAUGGACGACGUAUUUAGUAUUGUGUUGAAGAAGCAUCAAGAGUUGCAGGCGAUUCCCAUCCCACGAUUGCCACAUAAUAUAUAUUAGUACCUCACGAAAACCUCCCUGCAUAAGUGACUGUAAGAUCCCUAACCUUUCUGAAGCGCAGAAACACAUUGAAUUAGAUGAGGCAUAAUAGUUUAAAGAGUCCGUCUCUUUCUUUUGCUUUUUCUACUAGUUUAAUGCUACUAAGGAUGAAGCAAUUUGUAAUUUAAUAAAUAUUAUAUAUUUUGCACAUGGCUUCAAGUCAACUUAGGUAGGCAUGUGACGUCUUCAGGCAACUUGGAGAGUUGGUGAAGAUCAUCCAAGCUGUGUGAUUCCUCCUUAUCACUUGUGUACAUAUUUUCCCACUACUACUUGAGUGGUGACUUGACUCCUAAUUCAAUUCAAACACUUUGUUUUAUUUAUGUACAUCAAUUUCCAUAAUAAAAUUAGUUGGCUUGCAUA